AGUAACAAAAUUCGAGUAUUUGCCGACUUGCCUGAUCGCAAUGUUGCGGCGAAGCAACGCACUCCGCGUGCUCGUCGGAGCCGCGACGACGCUCUUGCGCUACGCCGAUCCGGAUCCUCCGUCAGCAUCCGCUUCUAAGCGGCUAAAGGACACCGUCGAGGAGUCGCUUGAGAAGGAAGGCAAAGCGCUGGGUCGCGUCGCGUGUUAUCCGCACCGCUGCCUGACCCGCCCGGUUCUCCCCGUCUCCGAAGCAGCGGUGCGCUCUCCUCUUUUCAUGUCCCGGCUGAUGGACAUGAGCCAGCUCGCCACCAACCUGCACUGUAUCUCCUUCAGCGCUCCCAAAGCUCACUGGGACGCCGCGGUCAUCCUCAUCAAGAACAACCCGUACGAGAGGGACUUCGAGGUCUGGGUGAACCCGUCCGUCCCCGGCUACGACGACCGCGAUGCUGUCGCCCCGAUGUACGGCAUGUGGGAGAACUGCAUUUCAUGUGGGUCGACGACGGCGUGGGUGGUGCGACCGCAGCGGAUUACGUGCCGCGGGUUGGAUCAACACGGGAAUGAGAAGAUCGAGGUGCUGGACGGCAUGCGGGCGCGCUGUCUCAUGCACGAGAUGGAUCACCUCAUGGGCAAGACGAUCUUUCAUCAGACAAUGGGCCCGGAGUUUGUGGUGAGCACCGUGGCGAUGGGGCAGCGAAACCUGUGGCCGGCGAACUUCCCUUCCGCCGAGGCGUACGUGACGCUGUCGCAGCAGUUCUUCGACUACGUGACGAACACCACGAUCAUUCCACCAGGAAUGGAAUGGUGGUAUGCGCAGAACAUGGCGCAGGAGUUCCACAGCGAGCGCCUUGGCAGUUGA